AAGUCCAUUGACUGCUGAUGUCAUUUUGAUAAACUCGACUGUUGACAAGUACGGGUCCAAAACUAUACUUGCGUUAGGUUUGUUUAUUACCUAAGUUUGAUUUACGAGUUUGAUAACACGUGAAUCUAAGAACUCCGUUAAACAUUACUCUAAUUUAAUAACGCAUUGCGUAAAAUAAUUAAUGACAGGAAGGUGAAAAGUUGGAAGUGUUUAAGAAAGCAGUAUGCGAUGCUUAUUGUUUAUUCUCUUGGAAGGACAAUAUGGGGUUAGUUCGUGGACUGCAGUUUGUGACAGUCAUUUGCAUGACAUUGAGUUGUGAUUCUCUGCUGAAUAUGCAAGCAGAGUUUGAGAUCCUGCACACUUGGGACAGCAAUCCUGUGAAUCAUGAUCCUAUCAGGAUCAUCUUCUCCCCUGGUGUUGAAGGGCUAAAAAUGAAGACUUUUGCUCCCUUUUUCAAUGACCUAGAGGCCCCAGCUGGAGCACCUGGCCAGCCAUUCCCUGGGCUCUGGAACUAUGAAGUUGUUGAGUCCUUCUUUCUCGAUAGUACUACAGACAAUUACUUGGAGGUGGAGAUUUGUCCACAUGGUCAGCAUUUGGUAUUACUGCUGUCAGGGGUUGGCCAAGCGUUCCAGCAAGCACUGCCGCUGGUUUUUAAUGCGACAGUCAUCGGCGACAAAUGGAUGGGUGAGGCUCUCCUUCCCUGGAUUUAUUUUCCUCCCAAUGUGAACAAGAUGAACUCUUAUGCUAUUCAUGGCUCCGGAGAGAUGCGCACGUACGAAGCACUCUACUCCAUCCCCCGUGAUGAGAUAGUCGAAGGACAGAAGCCAAAUUUCCAUGCCCUGAAGUAUUUUGGCAAUUUCCGACUGCAAAGUAUCAUGGGGGAUGGCUGGGAGCAGCCAGAGUCUGAUCUCUGGAAGGGAAAACGCUGAGCAGCUCACUAACUUGUUUGUCCUAUUUCUCACUUUUUUUUUUCUUUUUUUAAAUACUUGCGUUUAACUGCAGCAUUUGUGUGUGUUGUCACGGAUGUGGAAACAUGUCUUUCAGUAAUUUCUGUCAGUGAUUUUGGCAUAGUCAUAUGAUGGAAUUUAACAAAGUGUAUUUCAUGCCUUUCUGGAGUUUUGUACAUUUCUUUUUCAUUUAAUUCCCUUUCUGAUUUUGUGAUGUUUGUAUAUCUAUGAAUGGACUGGUUCAGUAAUAACUUAAAGGUUGGAAAACAAUUGUGGCAAAUCAAUA